AUGACCACACUUGCGAAAACAGUACCAUUCGGUUUCGCCAUACUCAUCGCAUUUGCAGCAUUUACCUGUACUUCCGGUGCAGACCUUCAAGUUACCAAUACAACCAACAUCGACGAUGGUACCCCAGAAUCUCCCUAUGAAACCCAAACCGCUCAGUGUACGAUCACAUCUGGCGAAGUGGAAGCCAGUGCUCAAGCAACAAUCAGCAAAACUCUCGUUGGUGUUUGCGGGACAGAGGAAAUGCUGACCUCAUUUCGUACUCUGGAAGCGAAACUGCUACAAGAGCUGAUGAACAUCCGAAGGAUGAUACGGGAUCCUAGUUUCAAUCCUCCGCCAAUAUCAGCGUCUGAGUUUAAAGCAAUAAAACGUACCAACACCAACUUAGGAACCAGCACCGGUACAAAACUCACAUCUCAGGAAACCCCAGCGGUAAUUACUAGUAGUAGUACUACCGCUAAACCAGCGACGAAUGGCGGUGAUGUCUACUUCCCCUCAGACGAUCAGGAGGAUUCGUUUUCCAAAUCAAAUGCGGAUUUAGUUAAAGAAUUGUCUCCACCUGGACCACGUAAACCUGUUUCACCCCUCAUCCGCGUCGGAGAUCCUCAAGAUGAUAAAACGAGCAAACCUACCUCGAACUCACCUGUGCUGGAUUUCAAGCCAAUCGACAAGCCCGUACAGACGAGAUUUCUAACUGGUGGCCUACGUGAUUACGAAGUGUAUCGAUUCAAUAACACCAUCGUAUCGAGCGGGGAUGCCAAGGUGUUCAAGUACUUCUGGAAGAUCGAACACUUCACCGAGCGGCUGCAGUCGAAUGUGAGCAUAUUAACGAGUCCGGUGUUUGUGAUUUCCGGUUUGAAUCUGCGACUGAAAGCUACACUUAAUCACAACGGAAAGGACAACAUAUAUCUGCAAUUGGAGCAACUUUCCCCGAUGGAUGACGAACUCAGGAAAAAGCCGAACGUGAUUCUUCAGGAGGGUUCUCUGUAUGGUGGUGUCGAAACGAAGAAAUACCUUCGCCACAAGAUUAUUCUAUUGAACCAGGGAGUACCGUUUAGCGAUCUGAAUUCUCACGAAUUUUGGAACACAAAUACAGGGUUUACAAUUCCUUACCGGGCACUUCUGACUAAUUCUUAUUUAAAGCAGGACAAAAUACUUGUUGAAGUAGUCAUUUAUCUAUAA